ACAUGACCUAUAGCCCUUUGUACCGAUACUAUCUUGGUUAUUGCAACAAGGCUAUAAAAGCCAGGCAGGAUAUAUUUCCUCCUUAACAUUCUCAACCUUUUAAUCUCCAUUGUCAAUGCACUCGCUGCAGUUUUUUGUUGUUGCGAAUGUUGGAUUCGACAAAAUAGGCUCAUUGGCAAGCAGACGCAGUACAAUUACCGUGACCCGUCUUCAAUGGAUGACAGAAGAUUGCUUCGUUCGCUCCAAGUGGCGGUGAUCAUCCUGUGCUGGUUUGCUCCGAGCUACGAUUGUCAGAUCGCAACAAGCGAGCCCUAUGAUUGGGUGUUCGUGGCCAACUUGGACCCGCCUGCGAUUUUCAAAGCACCGGCAGACACCUUUGAGUUCACCGCUAUCCCUAACCUUGAAGAUGACCUCAGCCGGCCCGUUGCCAUUGAUUACGACCCUGUGGAUGGCAUGGUGUACUGGACAGAUGUCACACGUUCGACCAUCAGUCGUGCCUCCGUGGAUGGGACCGACGUGUUAGUGCUCGUGUCGGAUCUCCGUUCCCCUGUAGGACUUUGUCUUGACGUUGUGAAUCGCAAGAUGUACUGGACCGAUGAAGACAGUUAUCUGAUUGAGAAAGCUACCAUGGAUGGCCUUCAUCGAUCUGUGGUCAUCAACCUAAGCGCAUAUGAGGACCGUAAACCCAGAGCAAUUGUUGUUGAUACCAGAUCCAGUCACCUUUAUUGGACCAUCUGGGGCAGUGCACCGAUGAUUGAGCGAGCGGACGUCAACGGGGGGUCGCGCAAGGUCAUAGUCGACACCGAUCUGAACCUACCGAACGGCUUAGCUUUGGAUACGAGCAGUUCAGAUGGGAGAUUGUAUUGGUGUGACGCGAGGCUUGAACGGAUCGAGUCUGUCGAUUUAGACGGUGGGUCACGCCAAGUCCACGCCAAUAUCGAUGGCAUCGUUCCUUUCGAUAUUUGGUUCUACCGGGGCGACGUGUACUGGUCCGACUGGCGCUACUUGAAGCUCGUCCACAUGCAAUUCAGCCCUGUGAGGGCAGCCCUUAUUGGGUCCUUGAGCUUUCAAAAAGCAGGGGGGCUUCAUAUUCACAAAGACACUUCAUUGGAUCAUACUUGUGUGGAUUCAACACCUUGCGGAGGAGGCGAACGCUGCCGCCAGUUCCGGAGCAACCACCAGUGUGUGUGCAAAGACGGUCUGGCCGGAGUUUUUUGCCAGAAAGACAACCCAUGCUCGGACACAUCUUGUUUCAAUGGAGGGGUGUGCCUCCAGUCAUCGCGGAUGACAGGUGGCUUUUUCUGCCAGUGUAGUGAAAGAUACACAGGGACUUACUGUGAGAGAUUCGUGCACAUUUGCAGAAGUAAUCCGUGUUUGAAUGGUGGGAUAUGUGUGGACGAACAACCAUCAGAGAGUUUCCGAUGUGAGUGCACUGUUGGCUUCAUUGGCGAAACCUGUGACAGAAAAAGCAAUCCCUAUGAUUUGGCAUUUGUGGCCAACUUGGACCCCCCAGGGAUUUUCGUAGCCCCUACAGACACCUUCAAUUUCACCCUCAUCCCUGGCCUUGAAGAUGACCUCAGCCGGCCCGUUGCCAUUGACUACGACCCUGUGGAUGGCAUGGUGUACUGGACAGACGUCCAGCGCAAAAGCAUCAGUCGUGCCUUGUUGGAUGGAACCGGCGUCACAGUUCUUGUAACUGGUCUUCUGAUUCCAGAUGGUCUCGGCUUGGAUGUUGACAACCGUGUUAUGUAUUGGACUGAUGACGGCACUGAUCUGAUUGAGCGAGCUACCAUGGACGGGAAGGACAGAGCUGUGGUCAUUAACCUGAGGAAUGAGUCCAUCGACGAAGUGAAGCCUCGAGCAAUCGUCGUCGAUACCAUUCAUAACCACUUGUACUGGACUGACUGGGGCAGCUAUCCGAAGAUUGAACGGGCAAACACUGAUGGUUCAUCUCGUAUCGUUCUGGUGGAUACUGGACUACAACACCCGAACGGAGUUGCUCUGGAUUUCGACGGAGGACGGAUGUAUUGGUGCGAUGCUGCGUUGGACCUGAUCGAGUCAACCGACCUGCUGGGCGACGACCGGCGCGUUCACGCUGACCUAAACACCGACAAGAUCCAUCCAUUCGACAUCUGGUUCUACCGGGGAAGGGUUUACUGGACUGACUGGCGUUUCAAACGAAUCCUCCGUAUAGUUUUUGAGCCUAAGACUGAGGUUACUUUCUUCGGAUCGAUCAACUUCUUGAGAGCCGGGGGCUUGCACAUUUAUACAGACCAUUCGACAGGUCACGAAUGCAACGAUCCAGCGACAUGCCAAGAGGGGGAACGAUGUCGUCAAUACAAGACAACCCAUGAAUGCGUGUGUAAGGAUGGAUUGGCCGGCGCUGCCUGCGAACUAGACAACCUAUGUGCAUCAUCACCUUGCGAGAAUGGAGGGACAUGUUCCCGGUCGGCAAGCAGAGAUGAUGAUUUCUUCUGUCAGUGCCCCAACAGAUAUUCUGGAAAACGUUGUGAAACAUUUGUGCCCCCGUGCGAUAGUAGCCCCUGUAUGCACGCAGGGACUUGUCUUGACGAGCUUCCGGACAGCUUCCACUGUGAAUGCUCGCCCGGCUACGUCGGUACACAAUGUGAAGACGAAAGCAAACCCUACGACUUGGCAUUUGUGGCCAACCUCAGUCCUCCAGGGAUUUAUGUCGCCCCUACAGACACCUUCAACUUCACCCUCAUCCCUGACCUUGACGAUAAACUUGGAAGACCCGUUGCCAUUGACUACGAUCCCGUGGAUGGCACUGUGUACUGGACAGACGUCAGGCAGGGCACCAUCAGUCGGGCGUUCCUUGACGGGACAGGCGUUCUGAUUCUCGUCUCUGGUCUCAAAGGCCCGGACGGACUGAGUCUUGACUCAGAGAAUCGUGUGAUGUAUUGGACUGAUGGAGGAAGUGACCUGAUUGAGAAAGCUACCAUGGAUGGCCAAGAAAGAUCUGUCAUUCUCAACCUGACGGACCAUUCCGUUCAAGAAGUGCUUCCAAGAGCUAUCCUAGUGGAUUCUACACAUGGCCAUCUCUACUGGACUGAAUUAGGCAGCUCACCCAAGAUCGAACGAGCGAACACCGACGGAACAUCACGACAAGUUCUGGUUGACACUGGCUUGAAGUGGCCAAGUGGUCUGGCACUGGAUAUGGAGGGAGGACGGAUGUAUUGGUGCGAUGCCGGAUUGGACCAGAUCGAGUCAACCGACUUACUGGGCGACGACCGGAGCGUUCACGCUGAGCUAGCCACAAGCAAGAUCCAUCCAUUCGACAUCUGGUUCUACCGGGGAAGGGUGUACUGGACUGACUGGCGUUUCACACAAAUCCUCCGUAUGGACUUCCUCCCCGGUGAUGAGGUGCAUGGUUACGGGUCGGAAACCUUCGCCAGAGCUGGGGGCUUACACAUCCACAGUGACGGCUUUAGUGAUCACACCUGUCUGGAUUCGACGCCUUGCGGGGACGGCGAACGCUGUCGUCAGUUUCAGGGCCACCAUCAGUGUGUCUGUAAGGAUGGCUUAGCCGGAGCUAGCUGCAAGCUAGCUAAUCCUUGCGGGGCAUCCUCGUGCAGCCUUUCUGGGACAUGCUACCGGUCGGCUAGUGCCAAUGACGGCUAUUUCUGCCAGUGUCUGGACCGGUACUCCGGAACCGACUGCGAAAACUAUGAAAAACCGAAUCAACUGAACAUCCAACUGCCACCUCUCGGUGAAAAUGACAAAGUGGGCAAUGAUUCUUAAAAUGACCCGGUAAAGUUAACACUUUUCCCCGUACGGCUUUUGACAGUGAUGGAUUGACAUGAAGCAGUGUUGAAGCUAAUGAGACAUUCCUUUAAAACUAAAACUAUCAGAAACAGUUAUCCAAAUACACAGAUGAGCUUAAUGAUUUCACAGUCUUACGAGGCAUUUAAGCUGAAUGAGUUGGAGAGUUUUCUUUUAUAUGCUUGAAGCAUUAGUAAUGAGUGUUUGGAUUUGUUUUUACGUAGCUGGUAAGUGAAGUUAUAAGACUAUGAACGCUUUGAAAAGAAAAAAACUUAUUAACAUUAAUGCAGGCAAAGAAAUAUAGCCACAAAAUGUGCAAAUGUGUCUUUUUACAUCGCAAAUGAUCGAGUGAUUUGAUGAGGAGGUCUUAGUUGUUAUCUUUCCAUUUAGUCAAUAUUGCAUGGGACAAUAUUACAUAUUACAUAUUGCGACAAUAUAGCAUAUCACAUUGCGACAAUAUAAUGUUACAAAUUGCGACAAUAUAGCAUAUCACAUUGCGACAAUAUAAUGUUACAAAUUGCAAAUAUUACACAGAAUUUAAAAUAUGGUUUAAUUAAAUUGUUUUUGGAAAGACAGGAUAACGUAGGCCUAACCCACACUUUGUAGCUCUAGUCGGCCUACUGGUGCCCAGAAAUUCGGCAUUGUCGCAAAAUGUCGGUGGUUGAUGAUUGCAUACAGGCUUUAAUUAAGGUGACAAUGUACAACUCCAAAUUAAGCUUCUGCGUCUAGUGUUUGAUUAAAGUUUUGUCAAUUAAGGUAUCUAAAACCACGAGAACAUACACAGGUGAAAGCUUUGUACGGAUUAAUAUGUUGAAAAUGAAUAAGCUCAUAGUAUAGGUACGUUCGUGCUGUUGAAAUCAAUACCUAAACCUUACUGGCUGUGCAGCUGGAAUGUUUUUGUCGUAAGCCUAGGGCCUAUAUUUUAUAAAAUGUUAUGAUACAUACAUGUAUACACAGAAGUCCAGUAUAAACGAAGUCAACUGUAUGCAUGAAUUUAAUGUGAGUGAUGCUUUCAAAUUCUUGUGACGUAAUGUUAACCAUUUGUUGCAUAUGCGUAUUCACAUACAGCGCAGUGUACUACAAGAUUGCAUACCCGUACACUCGGGCUAAAAGGGCCCAGUGGCGAUCCAGUGGGGGGGGGGGGGGGGGCAACUCCUCCCCCACCCCGUCGGCAUUAUGGCGUCAUAAAAUAAUAACAAGUGUUUUUUCAGACGGUUUUAAGACGGUUCGGACGUCGAUACAGUUAAUUUCCCCGCCCCCUUUCCCCUCCCCGGCAUAAAAAAGCUGAAUACGCUACUAGCUAAGUAGAGCCUAAUUUGAAUGUAUGAAAAUCACCAUAAACACACCACGACACUUUUAGAUACACAGUUUGCAUGGUCGACAUUUUUUAAGUAGGAUUGGUUGUUGUUUUUUGGUGUUUUGUUGCUUCCUGCUGAAUGUGCUAAUAAAGGCGGUAAAGAUCAGUUGGAA